UUGUAGAGUGAGUGGUUCCUGUUGUGAGGAGGCUCCAGCAGCCGGUGAGAGUGAGGAGACAACCUGUGUGGAGUCUGAGGGGACACACCGGGGGAUGAAACGCCACAACCUGGACAUGAAGCUGCCGUGAUGUCCGACACGCUGAGUCCGAACCGAACCAUGAAGCUCGCCGCUGUGGCCUUUUACGUGUUCGCUGCCGGGCUGCUGGCGGUCGGCCUGCGAGAGUUGCUGACUGGCUUCGAGGAGAACAGAUGCAGUAUGACCUACAUGUUUGAAUACCCGGAGUAUAGACGCGUGGCUCUUCCUCGCCGCGUGGCCCGACUCUACCCAGCGUACGGCCUCUACCUGUACGGAGAAGGUCUGUACGCUCAGGAGACCCGAGCGCUCAAACUCACCGGUGCCCCUGUGCUCUUCCUGCCCGGGAAUGCAGGCAGUUAUAAACAAGCUCGCUCUCUGGGCUCCGUGGCCUUGAGGAAGGCUGAAAACAUGGAGGGAGGUCUCCACUUCAACGUGUUCACCGUGGACUUCAACGAGGAGCUGGUGGCCCUGUACGGCGGCAGUUUGCUCCGGCAGACGCACUUCCUGCACGAGAGCAUUAAGGCCAUCCUGAGGCUGUACAAGCACCUGAAGACGCCUCCUCAGAGUGUGGUGGUGGUCGGUCACUCCAUGGGUGGAGUGGUGGCCCGGGCGCUCUACACUCUGCCCCGCUUCAACACCAACCUGGUCAGCCUCAUCAUCACCCAGGCCUCCCCUCACCUGGCUCCAGUGCUGGCCCUGGACCCGUACCUGCUCGAUUUCUACUCUGCAGUGAGACAGAAGUGGCAGAACCAGGCCAACAAGCUCAGGAACGUCACGGUGCUGUCAGUUGGGGGUGGUUACCGUGACUACCAGGUCCGCUCCGGCCUGACGUCCCUGUCUUGUCCUCCGGGAGACCCCAAUAAGCUGUCGCUGGUGGCAACAGCAGUUCCCAGGACCUGGGUGUCGACUGACCAUCUGUCCAUCGUUUGGUGCAAAGAGCUUGUUCUGGCGACUGUCCGGGCGUUCUUCGACCUCAUUAAUCCUGAAACCAGACAGUUCACAGAAAACCCAGAGAAGAAGCUGUCAGUACUGAACCAUCAUUUCAUCAGACACCCUGUCAGGGAGGUGGGAGAAACUCAAGACACCUCCAUCUCCAUCUUAGAUAUUCCUGAAGCGUGGAGUGAAGUGAACACGCUGCGUCUGGCCUACAGCACGCCAAAGGAAGGACAGGUCAAAUACUUCCUGUUUGCUCUGUCGAGUCGCAGGAAAGCUUACAGCCACUUUUACUGCCGGAGCAACAACCUGGAGAUGACCAGCUGGGUCUACGGCUGCACGCACAGGAACGGUUCUUCAUGUGUGCACGCGGUGGAUCUGUCCACGGGAACCGAGCUUCUGCCUCCGUACAAGGUCCUGAUUCUCAGUCUCAGUGACUUGUCUUCUGUUACUCAUCUGGUUGUUUCGGCCUCCAACCUCAACGGCAAACAGUUCACGGUGGAGUGCGAGUGGCAGAGACAAGAAUCUCAGACUCAGUCCGUCCCGGUGCCGCAUGUCUUGUCCUUCGGUCUGACCGUCAGCGAUGUUACAGUGAACUCUUCUGGGCUUCUUCACACCAUCGAGCUGCAGCACUUUCACCAGGUCUAUCAGGCCUUCAGGAUCACAGUUGCAAGCCAGUGUAAAGUUCAUAAAGAUAGACUUCCCAAUGUGUACAGAAUAAACGUGCCGUGGUUUCGAGAGGAUUCUUUAACCACAGUCAGCGUGCCGUCAGUCACUGAGAUCUCAGGGAUGCUCCACACAAGUCGUCCAGACAACAGCUCAGGUGUCCUCCUUCAGCUCCACACUGCCCCCAACUGCCAGUAUAAGGUGUCAGUAAGGACUUCAUUACCCAGAGUGCUCGGACAGAUCCUGAGGUUCUGUGGGCCCAUGGUGCCGGUGUACACGGCUGUAACCCUCCUCCUGGCCUGCGGGGGGCAGCUGUCCACCAUCUUGAAGACGAGGCGAGCCGCAGACAUGAGCCAGGUGGUGGGCAAAGGCCUGCAGCCUCACAAAGUCAAUCUGCCCGUUUAUAUCCUGCACAUCUUGCUAAGCUGUAGCUGGUUUCAGGAGGUCUGGUCAGGUCUCUGCCUCCCCCUCAUGGACUCGCUCCCUCCGACCACCCCUGAUGCGACGUUUAACGAGGGUGCUGUCCCAGCUGAAGAGUGGCCUCACUUCCUGUCCCCUCUGCUGUACAUCUUCGGGGCAGCUGUUGCGUACUGGGGCAGCGCACUCCUACGUCUCAUGAUGCGACUGGUCUCACUGGUUUUAGCUCCGCUGCACAGACCGUCCGUCUCCAGAGACUGUGGCACUCUGCGACCACGGACGCAGAUCAUCAUCACUCUGUGUCUGACUGUUAUAGGCGGGACUUCCUGUGGAGCGCUGUCCAUGGUUGUAGCCUUCCUGCUUCACCUUUACAGGGUACUGAGGCUACAAAUGACAGAGAGAUCUUUGAGUCACAUGCUGAAUCUGGCACCGGGGAAGCACAAAGACACUGAGAACGGGAAAGUGGACGCCGAAUCCUUAAGCAAGUCUAAAGAAUGUAACGGCGCCCCCCUGCUGUCUGAGUGCGCUCUGCAAGAGGUGAGGGACGACCUGCAGCUGCACCUCUGCCUGUCGGCGCUGCUCACGCUGCCUCUCAUGCUCAUCGCACCGUCACUCAUCCACUGGAUCCGCAACCUGAGGUACUCCACCCAGCUGGAUCCGGACCCUUGCUGGCCACACAUUGUGCCUGUAAUUAUUGUGUACACGCUGCUUAUUAACUGCAACACUUUAAUACUCAGCAACAGUAAACUCCUUCAUGUGACUACCUGCCUCCCCCUCCCCUUGGCCGUCGCCAUGGUGACCUUCUCUCCGCUCCACCUCUACAGAGUCACCUACUUCCUGUUGGCGGCGCUCGUCCCCCUGGCCUUGUGUUGUCUGCUCUGACGGUACCUGACCGGUCUCAGUCCACAUCUCCACCAUAACAAGCCUUUUCUCUAGACGAAGCUUUACUCUCCGAAGCUGGUUGAUCCGUUCUCGAGGAGACAUCCUCGGCCCAGCUGCCAUGGAGCAGAGCCAUAGACAUACAUAGCUUUGGGGAACUGCCUGCUCGAUGUUGGCACUAAAAGCUCCAUGGUAGUUACACUGAGUUUUAAAGAGAGAGGGAUGUAACGGCCUUGGAACAUUUGGUGCGAAUAUGGCUCCGAAGGAUCGACCCGAAACCAAGUUUGCCUUACUCUGUAUAUCUAUAGCUCUGCCUUCAAGGAGCGACAACUCCGCAACCAGUGAAGCUACUGAUACUAGAGAUUCACAACAGGGUGUUAACUGUUCUUAUGUCUGUUGUCUGCAGUGUCUUCAGUGGCAUUGUUCGCUGUGGUCACCGCGCUGUAAACUCCUACACUGCCUACCGCUUAGCGAUGACGUGAAGCUGUGUGUCGUCUUUUACUGUUGACUGUCGCGGCCACAAAACCGGUGGCUUCAACUCCAUCAGAGAAACCCAAAGGAUUCAUGUUUACAUCCUCCCCUUAAUCACCCAAACACCUCGUCUGCACCUGGUAUUAGAAUACAAUCAGACACGUUAUCCGGAUAAGAAAUUAAGGAGAAACACAAGCUAAUGAUUUGCCGUUUUAUUGAUGUGUCAGAUAAUUCGGAGGCCAUGUUUAUGUUCCCCACCACCAAAGCCUUUAACCACAGUUCCAGUUGAUUAUCAUCCUUUUAUCUCUUUGUUAUUAUGAGACAUGGCAUCAUAGAUUCAAAAUUGCAAAGGGAAGAGGAGACGCACAAAGUCUGGGACAACUGUUAAAUACUAAAAUACGUUUUGCAAUUAAAAUAACCAGAUUUUUCUCGCACAUUUUCAUACUCGUCCAUUCCUGUAACCAAAGGUUAUAAUCUGCCUAUGAAGUUUCCCAUUUGUUUUGUUUGAAAUUAUAAUAUAAUUGACACUUUGACAGUUCAGAUUUUAUUUAAAUACAGCCCCAGUGGGCAGAUAAUUACCUUUUUGCAUUUGUCAAUCACAGAAAGAAAACACACCUGUUAUUUAGUUUUAGUUUCACAAACUGACACUAUUUUUAUUCAAAGAAAGGAAAAACUUCAUUAAUUACGUUUGCAGAAUUUACAAAAUGGGACGAAUGAAUAGAGUUUAUACAUUUUCCUUAAAAACUCAACAGUCGAGCUGGAUCGUUUAUUAUCUGAUGCAGAUUCCAUUUUAACACCAGGUGUAAAUGAAGUGAUUGAUACAGAACAAUGUUAAAGACAAAUGAAGGAAUGAGAAAAUUAUGAUCCGUGUUUUCUACAAAAAAAUCAUGUAGCCAAACAACUUCUGCGACUUCACAUAAUUCUCUUUUCGUCUUGUUUUCCUGCAUCGCCUGACGCUCACUCACUCUCUCGUUCACUCACUAAGGCAACAGUGACUGUUAAAUGAGCGUCUAAUAGUCACGAGGUCAAAAGUCACAGUUUAAAAAUAUUCUCAUACUUGAAUUAAACGAGCCAAGAACUUGAAGAGAAAGGCAGCAAAGGAAACACGUCAACACUUUCUGCUUAUCACGACGACAACUCUCCACUCGUACCUGAUCUCUCCAUGCAGUCGCUUCCAUCAGUACUGUGAUUUUUUUUUUUCUUCUUCAUCGCUGUUCUGUGUGAAACUGUUCAGAAAACUUCCUGCACACGUGUUUUUCAAAUUAAAAGCUUCCCAGUGGGUUAGAGAGCAUUUAUCCUCCCUUUUCCUUCGAGGCUUUUAAUCUGAAAUUAGUUUUCAGUGACUGUAGCUUGAUUUUGACUGUAAAAACAGCAAAGUAGAAGCAAAUUUAUCACACACUCACACCAGAUUUAUGAUUUAUAUAAAAGAAACUUGGUCAUGCUGACAGAACUGAUGCUGUUUAAGUGUUCAGGUGUGAACUGGUUAAAGAGGAUUACAGCAGAAGUUAAUGAGCUGAUUGGGAUAAAUGAGCUAAACUGACAGAAAUUAGCAUCUGAUGAUGAGCUGAAUCAUAAAUAAUCACUCAGUUUUUCAUGUUAUUGACUCAUAACGACUAUAAUCACUUGUUGUUGUUGGUACUUUGACACAGACGCUGUACUUUGUUCUCGCUGAAAUUUUAAAAGCAGAUUAUUUAUUUACUUCCUGUAAGCCUCGGAUUUAUGCUCAGUGAAGGAUUACGGGACGUCUGUUCAGUAUUACAGCUGAUACACAUUUACAGUACGAUUAAAGAUUCAAACUUUAAGCUCCUAGCAGAUAUUUUAAACCCGCGCAUUGUGAUUAUAAUUUCCUUUCUUUGCGCUGCUGCUGUUUCGGGGGUUGAAUCACGGUUAGCUGUGCUGUCGGCGGAUGUACAGGUGAAUAUUAAUAACCAAGCAGCUCGUCACCGUUUGUCUUACUUUUGUUUUGAGUACAUGUGAAUUUAAACUGAUAACGUGUCCUUUUACAAAAUAAAGUCAGCCACACAUGGAGCAGAGCAGCAAGUAUUGAAGUUAGAGCAACAAAAAGUCUUGUGACAAUUUGAAUGUUUUGAAGAUUCGAGUGUGCUGAGUUGUUUUGACUUUUGAUUUUGUUGCCAAUUUGUUUUUGUUUUUUUAAGCUGCUUAGUUUCACAAGUGUUUUUAUGAAUCACUGUAAUAAUGAAAACACAACUACAGACGAGAGAUUUAUAUAUUUUCUGUUGCUUGAAUCUGCUCCAGAUUUCGUCAUUCUCGUAUAUUUUCUGCCUCUUUGUGUUUAAAGCUGUUUUAUCGUGUCGCUCUGUGUCACGUCCUCGUGUCAGUGAAGCAGCUGCUGUGCCUUUCUGCUUCCUCCGGCUGUCGGUUUGAAACCAUUCAGUCCUCAGCAGCAGGGUGUCGGCUUCAUGAUGAAGGCCCGCGGUGGAUGUGAGAGUGUUUCACCGGUUCGUUACUCGCAAGAAUAUUCAUCCAGCGCCGUAGUUUGAUUCUAGUUUGGGCGACUUUUAUGAUGACUAGAUACUAAAGAUCACUGGGGACCAAAUCACUCCACAAACACACGUCAACAUCUUCUGCAAAGACGCCCGCUGUUGUUCCUUCUGUGAAUGUACCUGCACUGUGUGUGUGUGUGUGUGUGUGUGUGUGUGUGUGUGUGUGUGUGUGUGUGUGUGUGUGUGCGUGUGUGUGGUUAACUCGUCUGUCUGGUGCAAAUCUUUUGUGUUUUUAGCGCUUUGAGAUCGCACAUCGUCCGGCUCGUCGUGAUGUCGUGGCAUUCACUCGACUUUGUAGAACAAAUUAGAAGACAGAGAGUUAUUGUUUUUUUGGUUUUUUUAUAUAUAUAUAUAUUAAUAUAAUAUAAUGUGGUUUAUAUCGGUGUUCACUGUGAUGAUGUCGUAGUUGCAGAGUUACACGCGACGGUUUUUUUCUUUCACACUUUGAGGGGAAGAAUGUGACGUUUUGGAAUAUUUUGAAUUGAGGCGACGUUUUGUGUGUUUUGUCUAAAUCUGGAAUAUUUUACAGGAAGACGUGAAAUCAGCUUAAACACAUUUCUUCCUGAAACGUUCCUUGAAUACGUCCAGUUUAAGUUCUGCAUUUUAUCAAACCUCGAUCUCUGAACACUGCCAUUUUAAAACCGGUGUGACAGACUGUGGAGCUGCUGCUCUUCUUGUGAAAAAUGCCUCCAUCAUCGACAGUGUUCAUUUAUUUUAUAUCCGGCUACAUGGUUUGAAUUCAGACAAAGAGAUCUUUACAUUAUUCUUCCAAUUUAACAUUAUUUACGACUGUGUGUGUGUAAAAAAAAAAAAAGGCUCCAGAGGAAGCUGCAUGUGAUCUGAUAAAGGGAAAAAAAACCCUCCAGUGAUGUCACCCAGUGGCUAAGUUGCAUUGUGGGUAAUGUAGGCGCACUGCACUUCAUUUACACUGUCGGGCUCGUUAUGUAGAGUUCAGAAACAAAAGAUCACGGUUGAUACAGCAGAACCAGAGAUAUCAGCUUUUUUUCACUUGACUUCAUCUCUGACUCUGAUCAUAUUUUUUUUUUUUUAAAUUACCUCGUCAGUAAAAAGUGCACGAUGAUCAAAAACACCUUCAAAUGUCUAAAUCAGCAGUUUAUCACAGAUUUCUCUCUUCUUUUUUUAUCACGUUUCCUGUUUUAGGAGCCGUUUAACAUUCAGAUCAAAUCACUUGGAGAAACUGAUCGUCUGCUUCAUUUGAUUUGAUCAUUUUAAAUAAAAUUUUUUAAAAAAUGUUUUGUUCUGAUCAACCACAAAAACGAACAGGUCAAACGUUCUGUCAUACCAGAGUCCCUUUAAAAAACAAGCAUUUUAACAGAUAGAGUUUAAUGUUGGUUAUUCUGAUUGAGAGACGGCUGUGAAAAUCUUCGUCUUAAAUCUGAUCUUUUCUGGUGUUUAUCUGGUGGUAGGGAAGUAAAAAAAAAAAUCACAUUUAAAUGUCUCGACUGUCUCUAAGUGCUUUAACGUCUGGUAACCGUAUCAGUUUCUUUAUUCUGCUUCUGCCUAGAGUGACUUUUAAAACCUGUAACCUCCUGCUAGCUGGUCCGUGUCGUGCAGAACUAGUUAGAACUCGUGUUAAUAAACAGAACCGGGCCGGUGACAGAAAACAAGACCACGUCCGACGCUGGUUUCUUUUGUUUCUAUUGUGCGGUGAGGCUCGAGCGUGGAAGAGUGUUUUCUCCUCAGGUUUCAAGCGUUCUCGUGUCAAAAUGGGUUGCUUUGAUGUUUUUUAUAUCUCUCACAUUUUUAUUAUCUGAUGUCAUUGUAAAUGGGCAAACUGUGCAAUUUUUUGGCACCAUUGUUGUUGCAAUAAAACCAAGAAAAACACA